CUGCGCAUCCGAUCCGGUCCGCUAGAGGGCCUCAGCCAGCAGGCCAGCAGGAGCAGGGGGAGCGCCUGCCUCUGCCUCGCCAGCUCGCCAGUCGUUCGUUACGCUGCCGUCGGUCGGCGUCGGCACGGAUCGGCAUCGCGUCGCAUCGCCCGCUCCCGCUGCCAGCCGCAGCCGCAUCUGCCGCAUCCUCCCUGCUCUCCUCUCAGUGCCAGUACAUCAGCUGCAGCGUCGUCCUCUGGUCUCGCCUCGCCCGGGCCACUCCUAGCCAUGGCGCCCUCACCGUCGCGCGCCCACUCCCACUCCGUCAUGACCCUCAUUUGCGCCAUUGUCCACCUGGUCGCCGCGGUGCAGUUCACGUUUGCCGUGUUUUAUGACUGGACACGGGUCAUUAUACCGCCACAUGUCCAAGAGAUGGGCAGUGGAUUCGGAGGGAAAUUCGUCUUUCUCACAUUUUGGGAUGCGAUACUUCAAUCAGUCUACUUUACCAUUGCUCUAAUUAAUGACGCUGCUGGUGACCACUCCCCCAACCCUUCAAACCCGCCUCUUAUUAGAAGAAUCAAGGACUACAUAUUUGCAUCAUUUGCUUUCCCAAUUGCCAUGUUCGUUGCCAUUACAUUUUGGUCCAUAAUGGCAAUUGAUCGAGAACUUGUAUUACCAGAAAAACUGGAUAAAUAUUUCCCUACUUGGUUGAAUCACAUCAUGCACACAAAUAUUGCUAUUUUCAUUCUGCUGGAGAUGUUCUUGUCAUGCCGGAAGUAUCCAUCAAAGAAGAGUGGACUAAUUGGACUCACAACCUUCAUGGCUAUCUACUUAUCAUGGACAUUUGUUAUCUAUUUCAACACAAACCACUGGGUCUAUCCUGUGAUGGAACACAUGGAUUGGCCAUCUCGUAUAUGCUUCCUUCUUGCUAUGUUGGCCUUCUGCCUUAUUCUUUAUCUUGUCGGGGAUUUCAUCAACAGAAAACGAUGGGGUCAGGAUGCUGGAUACACCAAAAUAUCUCAAAAGCAAAAAGUAAAUGGAGCAAAUGGGAAAUCUAUUCACCAAGAUUGAUUUGCUUUGAAUCUCUUGCCAUUCCAUUUUUAAUAUUAUUGAAGGCUGAUUGAUGAUAUUCUUUGUAUGGCUUAGAAAGUUUUGGAUUCAAUACAGAAGUAGCUGAAACGCAGAAGCAAGACACACAUUCAAUGUUGACUAUUUCUUGUAAAUGACAGUUUGGUGCUCAGCUUAGUUUAAAAAUGCAGUACAGCAGUCACAUCUCUAGUCGAAGUAUUCUACACCACUCUUGUUUCAAUACCAGCUGAAAUACAGUAUUCACUUAGGUUUAUGUAGAGAAUUUUAAUGUAAGUGCAGUGUGAGUAAGCAGAAAUGCUGUAUUGCUUUGUUUUUAUAUACUGAAUUUUGUUAUGUUUGAAACUUAUAAAUAAAUUACUUAGAAGUUGAAAGAAAAA